AACAUAGCGGGUUAACUUCAAAUUUGCUUACUGGUCAUGUGACUAGCAACAAGGUGAGGUUAAUCAAACAUGGCGACAAAGGCAUAAACAGCAUGUAGUAAGCACUCACUACAAUACUAUAGUGAAAUAUAUAGCUGCUCGGAUAUCACUAAGAACAUCUUAGAUAAAAUAAGACAUUGUUUAGCAUCACAGAGCACAACAUUACCCAGAAUUCAACAUGGGUUGCGGCAGCAGCAAGUCCAUGUAUCAUGAUGAUGCUAAUGCUGAUGAGAUAGUUGAAAUGCUCGCAGAAAAACGACGUAGGAAAAAGGAACAAAAGGAAAGGAAAGAUGUAACUGUACAUAACGUCUCACAAUAUAACCAGCAACAUGUUGAAGCUGGAAGUUCAGGCGAACAUGAACGACUUUUACGCACAUCAGAUUGGGUGCAGCGUAAUCCAGCACCUACACCAGUCACACGUCGUGAGAGACGUGCACAGCGCCUGAGGGAACAACAAGCCGCUGAAGCAGAAACAAGUUCUGAUUCGUCAGAGUCUGAGUCGUCAUCAAGCGAGGAUGAAUCAUCAGAAUCUGAACAUGAAUCUGAGAAAGAAAAACAUGAAUUUGAAAAUGCAGAAAAGGCAUUACCUCAAGAGGAACAAAUUGUCACUACUCAAGCUAACACCAGUGGACAAACUAUCAACCUUACAAUUCACCUGGAGUCUCCACAGAAAGAACUCAAUGUAAAUGUACCUAUCAAUACACCAGCAGCCCCAAGCCCUGAACCAAUCAUGUCAAGUACAUACAAAGAAGAUAAGUCCAGCUGUACAAAUGAUACUAGUAUUGCAUCCAUAACACAAACACAUAUUGAGAUUGUGCCCACUAAUGAAACAGGAACUCAAAUGGACCUGGAGAGCCCACGAUCAGUGCCCUCUGUUGAGAAGAAAAAGAAGAAGAAAGAGAAAAAGAAACACAAGAAGGUCAGACAUCGGGAAGAAGAAAUUGAAGAGGAUGUUGGUUUCACUGAUAGUUUCUCUCAAACUGAAACUUGGAUUGGGGAGUUGAGGAAACGCAUGUCCAGGUUACAUCAAAUGGAAGACUUUUGUAUGGGGUCUCCAUUUGAGGACCUCAUGUGGGUGUCUAAACUGAUCUACACGAGCUCAAGGGAAGAACUUAGAGCUGAAAUGGUUAAGAAAGUUUAUGAAUUAGGGAUCAUUGAGAUUGUUAUCAAACUAUGGGACUCUGUUACCCAAAAUGGAUUUGUUGCAUCCGAAAAUUACAUCGCUGUGAAGAACUUAAAACGGGCUGUAUCCAUCAUGUGGAAUAGCUCAGAUCUUUCAAAGGAAUUCUGUCAAACCUUGGUGGAUAGGGGAGUUGUGCAAAGACUGUUCCUUGGGCUUAUGCAUCCCAGGAUGGACAUCACAAGUGUGAAAACAGACAAUAAAGUGUUUAUCGCAAAAGGCAGUUUAUCAAUCCUGCAUAAUAUCAUCAGGCAAUGUGAUUCCCGGGAUGUCUAUAGGGGCGUGCGUGCAGUUGAAAUUCUAAUGAAAUGUCGGAAAUCAGAAAAUGAUGGAGUUCGACUCAGAUCUGACAUUCUAUUGUGUUAUAUCAUCAACCAAGAUGAAAACAGUAUCAUAAACUCUGAUGACCACAAUAUAGCACUUAUUAUCAAAAUAUUAGCGUCAUCUUUAAAAUCAUCCAACCAUUUUACGAGAAAAUAUGGAUUUUGUGCUGCUGAGGUGACAGAGGCUUUGGAUCAUCUAGCUGUGCAUGAAUCAAAUAAGGAGAAGAUUGUACGCAAUAGUGGCCUGACAUAUUUGGCAAAGUUACUCAAGGAAGAUUGUUCGGUUGAGGAGCAGUUGUUAGCAGCCAGGGGGUUCUGGACACUGGGCUUCAACAAGGAAUGCAAGAGACAUAUAAACCAAGAGCCAGGAGUGAUUGAGGCUUUGAAAUACCAUGAAAAACACAGCAAUAAGGAUGCAAUCAGACGAGCAUGUAGAGGUGCAUUAUGGGUACUCUUAGACCGGGAACCAAAGAAACAAAAUGUGCAUUUUGAUAAGUUUGAGCCAAACCAUGUGAUGAUAAGCUACCAAUGGGACUGCAAGAAUAUGAUGGUGCGUGUGAAAGAUCGUCUCAAAGCGGCUGGUUACAAAGUUUGGAUGGAUGUUGAAAAACAUAGUAAAACAUUAGAGAACUCAAUGGCCUAUGGUGUUGAAAAUGCUGCAGUGUGUAUCAUCUGUACAUCUCAGAAAUACAAAGAGAGCCCCAGUUGCAGAUCUGAAGCUGAAUACAUGCACAAACUACGGAAACAUGUUAUUCCUGUUCGAGUUCAGCAUCAUUACAACCCUGAUGGUUGGCUAGCUGAUAUGGUUGGCUCCAAUCUGCUGUUCGAUUUCAGUAGUGAUGAUCUAAUUGAAGCCAGCCUAAAGUCACUUAUAAGGGAAAUAGGCGAGAGAGGAAAAUACCCAGAAGGCUACAGAAGAGAUGCUGUGAAUGAUAACAACAAUGGCCCUGCAAUGUACUCCACACCAAAGAAGCUAGGAAUCCCAGGGUGGACAACAUACGAAGUGAAGAAAUGGUUGAAAGACAAUGAGAUGGCUCACCUUACUAACAGGUUCAAUGACUACAAUGGUGAAAUGUUGCUACAGAUGAAGACAAUGUCCCAGGAAUCUCCAGACUUCUUCUAUCAAAGUCUCCGUAAAGAGAUGGGAUUUGCCCAGAUGGACAUUUUGAAGUUUACCACCUCACUUCAUAAACUUCCUACGUAAUGAAGAAUGCGACUGUGUUUAGAUGGCAUGGAAUUUCAAUUCAUAAUGUCAUUCAAAAACAUUUGGUGCCAUUGAAUGUGUGCCAAACUGCAAACAUUAGGUGCAAAAUAAAACUGAAAUCUACAUCUAUCAAUAAUACUGUAUUUCCUAUUUAAAAUAUAGUAUAUAUUUCUGGAAAGACUUUGAUUUGUUAGAAAUGUGUUUCAAAAAUACAUUUAGCUAAAGCAAUAUGAAUGUUUUAAGUAAGGGUGCUUUGUGAAAUGUGAUUGUGGCGUUCAAUGGUGAAAACACUGAGAUCUCAAUGGAUGAAUCUUCCAGUGGUCAGAUUUAUGUACAUGUGCAUUGUUAUAUUUAUUAUGAAGAAUUUACAUGUUUGUAUGGACUAAUUUAGUGACUGUACAUGUUAAUUGUAAAUAGUAUUUUUAUACUUUAUGUUAGAAAUUGUAAAUGUUAUUGUCUUUAUAGAUGUAUUCUGAAUAGAAAUGUGAAACUUGGUAUCACAUUGGGAAGAACUCUAAAUCUGCUCUGUUAUUAAUGUCUAUUUAAUGUCAUCAUGCAUAACUCAUACCGUAUAUGGGUGAAAAUCUAAAAUAAAUUACUUUAGAUGAAAUUAAA